AUGUUACAACACAUACACGAGUAUUUUAAUCGAAAAUCUGCUGAAUGGACCAUUAUUGGAUUUUUAAACGAAUGCGAAGAGGAAACAUUUCGAAAGAAAAUAGAUUCAUAUCUUAAGUCACUUCAAAACCUUGUUGACUUAGAGCCUGAAGGAAAUAGAAAAGAAAUGGCGCACAAACUUCUUGAUGCGUACAAGAAGGCAAGUAAAGAAUUUUUUGUUGAAAAUGCUAGGGCACAGGGGACUCUUCUCGCUCACCUGUGUUCAAGUCUUUUUGCCGACUUGGCAUUGGUCCUAUUGGGGCACAGGGACUCUUCUCGCUCGCCUAAACCCUAUCCUGACUAUUAUGUAGCACGAAAAUUGGAGGAGGAGCGUAAAUCUGUCAGUGGACCUUCAGUUCACUUCCACCAAAUUACAAAUAGUUCGGUAAUCGGGGUCAAUAAUGGACCUUUCACCGUUAAUAGAUCGAAAAGAAACCACGAAGAGGACGAUUUUGAAGAAAAGAUCGAGCAAAUCACAAAAAAAGAACGUCAAACUAAAAAUGGAAGGAAAAUUCCAGACUAUCGUGAACUAACCUCUGAUUCAUCUGAAGGAGAUGAUAAUGCAGGUUCCGAUUAUGAACAGACGAGCAUUGAAGAAGAAAAAACAUCAGCAAUCCGUUCAACCAAAAGGAUAAAAUCAAACGAGCAGUCAGUCAACGAGGAUGAAUUCCAAAUACCGUCGGGGUACUCGACACCGUCACCACAGCCAUCAAAACGUUCAGUAUUAGAAAACAAUAUCUUCUUUGAGGAAGAUGAUGGAAUCGUGAUAAUUGAUGAUGUUGAUCUAUGCUUUCGGGAUGGGAAUCCAGCAGAUGAUUACAAGAUAGGAGAGACUAAUGUGUCUCAGUUAUUCCGGCGAUAUCAAAAUAAAUCAAUAAAGAUCGCAAAGGCCGGAGGUUUAUUUGUUGAGUCAAAUGCUCAUGAAAUAUUGUCGUUGUCAUCGAUUUUUAUGCUUACACCAAACUCUCAUUCAAAAACAAUGAUCGAUAUAUUUGGUUCUACGUUGCUAGACGAAGUCUACCGACAAGUCAACCCGGCUCAGCAAAUAGGAUUUGAUUCAGAAUGUGAAAACGUGCUUAGGAAGGUGAUCAAAAAAGCAAUAAAAGAGUCACGUGGAGAUGCCACAAAAUUGUUGUUAUCAGAACUUGCAAACAGCCAAACUUUGGAUGAGAACUUGGGUUCCGUGAUCUUGGAAUGUCUAAAAACGUUGCCAAUUACAAAGAUUAAAAAUGAGCCAAGCGAAACAACAUUAAUCACAAAUUAUCUAGACCGCAUCAUGAAGGGGAUAGUACAUGAUCCGGACAAAUAUAUUGUUGAAUGGCCUAACACAGGUCUUGACGAAAGCAAGGCAAGGAAACCACAAGGGAGAAGCAAACAACCGGACUUUGUAGUAUCUAUUAUCCAUCAACUACAGACGAGUGGUGUCAUAUUUGUGGGCGAAGUCAGUCCACCUUCCGAAAAAAAUAAUGUUUAUAAGAAUUGCAAUGAUCUAAUUCGUCUUGGUAUUUUUAUGAAGGACUGCCUUGAUUCAGCCAUAGACUUGGGUGCUGAUAUAAAUAUUCUAGGUUUUCAAUGCGUUGAUCAUACAAUAGACUUCUAUAUGAUGGAUCUUAUUCAAGGAACAUAUAUCAUGAUCCAUAUCGGUCAAGUGACAGUUCCGGCUUCAGUGAAAGAGUUGUUAUCUUUUGUUGAUGAAAUAGAAGUGCUUCUAGUUAUACGAGAGAUUUUUCGCAAAUCCUUUGAUACAUUCUACGCUAAGAUCUGUAAUCCAAGCCCACCAUCAACAAAAGCAAUGUUCAAACGCGAUACUCUUAGUACACCUAAGUUUAAACAGCUUGUGAGCAAAACACGUGACUGUUAUAGAAGCUGUCCAUUCUGGUUUGGACGUUUUUAG